AGGCGGGCACGAAAGGAGGUGUGUAUACAGCUUGCUCUUUGGUUUUCCUUCCGCCUCUUUUACGUCUUGAGUGAGGGACGGCACACAGAGCCUUUAGCGUCAUCCCGGAGCGCCAGGCUGCCUGGCUAAAGGUAAUGGUGGUGCGCUGAACUCAGCGGAGCUUGGCUACCCUCAUGGCUCUACGAGUCCUGACCCGUGCUCUAGGCUCUCUGAGUCUGACGCCCCUGGGUGCUGCGGCCCCCGGCCCGAGUAUGCUCCCGGCCGCCCAGGUGACAAACAAUGCCCUCUGCCAGCUGCCCUCUACCUCAAUGUUGCUCCCCUGCCGCCCAAUCCUUACCUCUGUGGCCCUUAGUGCCAAGUUUGUGUCCUGGAAAAGUCGUACCACAUACACCACUACACCAUUGAAGAAGAGGAAGUCUGGAGGCCGAGACCACACAGGCCGAAUCCGAGUGCAUGGUAUUGGCGGGGGCCACAAGCAACGUUAUCGCAUGAUUGACUUUCUUCGGUUCCGGCCAGAGCAGGAAACCAAGCCAGGACCAUUUGAGGAGAAGGUCAUCCUUGUCCGCUAUGAUCCCUGUAGGUCAGCAGACAUAGCUCUGGUUGCUGGGGGCAGCCGGAAACGCUGGAUCAUUGCCACAGAAAAUAUGCAGGCUGGAGAUAUAAUCCUAAAUUCCGACCACAUAGGCCGAAUGGCAGUUGCUCCUCGGGAAGGAGAUGCACAUCCUCUUGGGGCCUUGCCUGUGGGGACCCUCAUCAACAAUGUGGAGAGUGAGCCAGGCCGGGGGGGCCAGUAUAUCCGAGCUGCAGGGACGUGUGGUGUGCUGCUGCGGAAGGUGAAUGGGACAGCCAUCAUCCAGCUGCCCUCUAAGAGGCAGAUGCAGGUGCUGGAAACGUGCAUAGCAACAGUAGGCCGAGUAUCCAACGUUGAUCAUAACAAAAGGGUCAUUGGCAAGGCUGGGCGGAACCGCUGGCUGGGCAAGAGGCCUUCUAGCGGGCUAUGGCACCGAAAGGGGGGCUGGGCUGGCCGAAAGAUUCGGCCCCUGCCCCCAAUGAAGAGUUAUGUGAAGCUGCCUUCAGCUGCUGCCCAGAGCUGAUAUCCCUGGACUCUUAAUAAAAUGACCCCCAUUUUUA